AUGUCCACAAAGCCAACAGACCAAGAAAUCCAGGCGCGUUUUUCUCGAUUCCAAAACGAGCUACAGCAACUUGCACAGAAAAUUGGCGAGCUUGAGUCUGAGGCGGAAGAGCAUGAUUUGGUGCUCACAACCUUGAGCGAACCUUACAAAAACGAGCCCGAUCGGAAAUGUUUUAGGAUGAUUGGAGGUGUACUUGUCGAACGAACAGUAAAAGAUGUGGUCCCCUCACUUGAAAUGAAUAGGAAUGGAGCAACUAAAGGGCGUCCUAGAAACUUUGGUCCGGCAGUACAAGACGAAAGAAGAGGAAUUUGGCGCAUUUCAGAGGGAACACAAGAUACGGGCCAUCAGCCGGUAACCCAACUAGCCAAUACUCCGCAAAUAUACUGGGAUUCAGAAGCGCUCAAGAACCGGAAGUUGAGUAUCUCCGAGUUCGAAAGGAUCAUGCAUAUAGGAGCCCUCGAACUUUCAGAGACCCGCCACCCUACCCGAUCUGGCGGGAUGGGUAUUCAACCCAAAGCGCUUUACGUGCGCCCGGACCAGUGA